CACUUUUGUGCAGGCACUUUGUGGGAGUUUUGAACAAGACCUCUGGCCAAAUGGAAGUAUAUGAUGCCGAAUUGUUCAAUAUGCAGCCACUAUUUUCAGAUGAAUCCAUUGACAUUGAACUGCCAUCACAGAGUCAAGCCAAAACUUACAGAGAAAAGUUGGACUCUUGCAUUGAAGCCUUCGGUACCACCAAGCAGAAGCGAGCUCUGAACUCCAGAAGAAUGAACAAAGUUGGCAAUGAGUCUUUGAAUCUUGCAGUGACUAAAGCUGCCGAGAAUAUCAUUGAUACAAAGGGGGUGACCGCUCUGGUCAACGAUGCCAUCCACGAUGACUUGCAAGAUGAUUCCCUCUACCUUCCUCCCUGCUAUGCUGAUGCAGCCAAGCUUGAAGACGUGUAUAAAUUUGAAGAUCUUCUUUCCCCCGUGGAGUAUGAAGCUCUUAAAAACCCAUCUGAAGCUUUUAGAAAUGUCACAUCAGAGGAAAUUCUGAAUAUGAUUAAAGAGAACAGCCACUGCUCCUUUGUCACUAAAGCACUGAAAUCCUUGCCGUCAGAUGUGGAGAGCCGAGACCACCAGGCCCGAUGCAUCUGGUUCCUGGACACACUUAUCAGAUUUCGAGCUCAAAAAGUGAUUAAGCGGAAAAGUGCCUUGGGACCUGGAAUUCCGCAUAUCAUCAACAUGAAACUCCUGAAGCAUUUCACCUGCUUAACUUACAACAAUGGCAGCUUACGAAACUUAAUAUCGGAUUCAAUGAAGGCAAAGAUUACAGCAUAUGCGAUCAUACUUGCCUUGCAUAUAAGUAAUUUCCAGGUUGACCUG